AUGCCUUCACCAUCGGCUCUCACUAUCCCCGCAGUCACCAAGCAUACUGCAACUGUCAUCAUGGCGCAUGGCCUUGGUGAUAGUGGUGCUGGAUGGAUAUCACUCGCAGAGAACUGGCGUCGUCGUCAAAAGUUCCAAGAAGUCAAAUUUAUAUUCCCAAAUGCGCCACCCAUCCCCAUCUCAGUUAACUUUGGAAUUUCCAUGCCAGGCUGGUAUGAUAUUACAACUUUCAGUGAUCUCCAAGCCGGGCAAGAUGAAACCGGAAUUCGACGCUCCCAAGCUUACUUCCACUCGCUCAUCAAAUCCGAGAUAGAAGAUAGCAAGAUCCCAUCCAACCGCAUCGUCGUCGGUGGUUUCUCCCAAGGAGGCGCCAUGGCGAUUUUCUCUGGUAUUACAUGUCCAACACAGCUUGGAGGCAUCUUUGGUAUGAGCUCUUAUUUGUUGUUACAUAACAAACUUCAAGAAUUCGUGGGCGCAGAUGGAGGUUCAAACAAACAGACCAAGAUCUGGAUGGGUCAUGGAGACUGCGAUCCUCUUGUUAAACCAGAAUGGGGUAUUAAAACAGCAGAGGUGUUGCGUGGAGAAGGCUAUGCUGUCCAGCUGAAAAUGUAUCCAGGCCUCGAGCACUCAGCCGAUGUUUUAGAGAUUGAGGACCUUGAGCUAUAUCUUAAAGAUAGAAUACCACCAAUUGGGGAUAAAGAGAGCUAUAGCAGUGCUAGUGUGCUUCUUGCUGAUAACAGUGAUGGCGUGGCGUUGGUUGCAGAGAAGGGGAAAUGA